GGCGUGACAGCUUUUCCAUUCGUCCCAUCUCCAAAAUAGUAGUUUCUCGUGGGCAUCGUCCGAAAUUUGGUUGGAUUUUUAACCCUUUUGCCACGUAAAUUGAAUUAGAAUUAGCGUCCGAACCCGGCAAAAUGAUAAUCUACACGAAUGAGGGCAACCCGCUGGGUUUGCAGCUGCUAAUGCUAGCCAAAUUCGCCAAGCGGCCGGUGCAGGUGCAGCUGGUUAACCUAAAUGAUGCCAAGUACAAGGACUUGCUAGUGCUGCCCACUUUGGAGCUGGACCACGGAUUGCGCCUGUUCUCGCCGGCAGCCAUUGCCAAGUACCUUCUCGUGGACGAGGGGCAGCGGCGCGAUGAGUGGCUGGAAUGGUCUGCCACGUUGCUAGCUCCGGCUUUGGCCCACCACAUGGCUGUGGGCCACAAGGCAGAUGCAAACGCGCUGCCCGUGCUGAAUGCCCUGGUCAAGAAGCUGGACGACAGCCUGAAGGUCACUCCCUACCUGGCUGGCGACAAACCCAGCGCAGCCGAUAUCGCCGUUUGGUCGCUUCUAGCUCCAGAUGGCACUCUGAAAGGAGCACAGAACGUGGACAGCUUGAGGGAUUGGUAUGGCAGGGUGAAAGCUCUACCCGAAGUACAGGAAGUUCUGGCCGAACAGCCGCUGAAGGAUCUCACCUUUAAUGCGCUGCAGCAGUCAAAUCGCUACGGUGGCUUGCAUCAUGUACCAUUAAAACGUCUCAGCCUGGCGGAUGCAAGCAAACUGCUUGUGGAUUCCACGCCAACGGUGGCGGAUACGGUUACGGAUGAGGAAAUAAGCGCGGCACAGGCUGCCUUUACCUACACAGCUCCCAAGGAGUUCAAGGAGGAGCGAACUGUUCUUCCUAAACCCGGUGAGCGUAACGUGCUCAUUACUUCGGCGCUUCCCUAUGUCAACAAUGUGCCACAUUUGGGUAACAUCAUUGGUUGUGUUCUGUCUGCGGAUAUCUAUGCCCGUUACUCGCGCUCUGCUGGUUACAACACACUGUUAAUUUGCGGCACGGAUGAGUACGGCACGGCCACCGAAAACAAGGCCCUGGCAGAGAACCUCACUCCCCGUGAGAUCUGCGACAAGUACUUUGAGCUGCACAACGCCAUAUACCGCUGGUUCGGCAUUGGCUUUGAUUACUUCGGUCGUACCACAACCCAAGAGCAAACAGACAUUGUGCAGGAAGCCUUUAAGGAUGUUCUCAAAGCUGGCUACAUAAUCACAGAAAGCGUGGAGCAAUUGCUUUGCCAAAAGUGCGAUCGUUUCCUGGCUGAUCGAUUUGUGGAGGGUACUUGCCCGCAUCCCGGCUGUGGCUAUGAGGACGCCCGUGGUGAUCAGUGCGACAAGUGCGGAAAGCUGGUUAACGCCACUGAGCUCAUCCGUCCCAGAUGUAAGGUGUGCAACAGUGCCCCAGUGCUGCGUUCCUCCGACCAGUUGUUCAUCGAUCUGCCAAAGGCGGAACCACAACUCAAGGACUGGGUUGAUAAGUCAGAAGGCGGAUGGACGCAUAACGCCAAGGUGAUCACAAGGGCGUGGUUGAAGGAAGGUCUCAAGCCGCGUUGCAUUACCCGCGAUCUCAAGUGGGGCAUUCCCGUUCCGCACGAGGGCUUUGAGAAGAAGGUCUUCUACGUCUGGUUCGAUGCUCCAUUUGGAUACGUGUCCAUGACAAAGCGCUACACGAAGGAGUACCAGCAGUGGUGGCAGCCGGCCAAGGGUACAGACGUCGAGCUCUUCCAGUUCAUGGCAAAGGACAACGUGCCGUUCCACUCGGUGGUGUGGCCCAGUGUCCUGCUGGCCAUCAACAAGGGGCAUACACUUGUAUCGCACAUCAUGGCAACCGAGUAUCUGAACUACGAGGACGGCAAGUUCAGCAAGAGUCGAGGUAUUGGCGUAUUUGGCAACGAUGCCCAGGAAACUGGCAUUCCAGCUGAUGUGUGGCGAUUCUACUUGGCCUCUGCGCGACCUGAAGGUCAGGACUCCAGCUUCAGCUGGAAUGAUCUGGCUGCUAGAAACAAUUCCGAGCUGCUGAAUAACUUAGGAAACUUUGUGAACCGCGCCUUGGUCUUCUGCGAAAAGAAUUUCAACAGCACUGUUCCCGAAGUGAUCACCACUCAGGAUGAACUUGUUCUGCUGGCGUUGAUAAACCGAGAGCUGCGUGGCUACAUCAACUCCAUGGAGAAGGCCAAACUUCGGGAUGGCAUUCGUCAUUUGUUGGCCAUUUCCCGACAUGGCAAUGGAUACAUGCAAAGCCAACAGCCGUGGGUGCUACUCAAGGGCACUGAUGACCAAAAGAAGCGAGCAUCUACGAUAAUUGGUCUCUGUGUCAACAUCGCCUGCCUCUUGGCGAAUCUCCUCUUCCCCUACAUGCCAUCAACGGCCAGGACUCUAUUUGGCCAGCUCAACGCGAAACAGACGCCGCUCAAUGCUGAGAAACCACUUAUCACUUUACUGCUCCCCGCUGGUCACAAAAUCGGCAAACCAGCUCCGCUCUUUGCCAAACUGGAGCAGUCCUUCAUCGACGAACUCAAGGGCAAGUAUGGCGGAGCUCAGGACACAAAUGGUGCUGCUAAGAGCCAAACCAGCGCUGCUGAUUUAGAGAAAGCCGUGCAAGAUCAGGCGGAUAAAGUGCGUCAGCUGAAGGCAAGCACCAAGGAUAAGGCCGUUUGGCAACCGGAGGUGACCAAACUGCUGGACCUUAAAAAACAGCUGGAGGAGGCUAAGAAGACUGCAUCGGCCGCCACGCCUGCCACGGCUGCUGCUCCCUCGGGUGGUUCACAAUCAGUUCAGGAUCUGGAGAAGGCUAUCCAGGAGCAGGGCGACAAAGUGCGCAAGCUCAAAGGCAGCACAAAAGACAAAGCCGUGUGGCAGCCGGAGGUAAAAAUCCUGCUGGACCUCAAAAAGCAACUGGAGGCGGCUCAAAAGGCGGCAAAGGCAGCUCCUGCAGCAAACGCAGCUGCUGCUUCCUCGCCCGCCGCCCCGGCUGAUGCUGCUCAAGUGAAGGCAUUGGAAGACAAAAUAGCCCAGCAGGCAGAAAAGGUCAGGACUCUGAAGGCCUCUGGCGAUGCCGCCGUGUGGAAACCCGAAGUUGAUAUUCUGUUGUCCCUCAAAAACCAGCUGGCGGCACUGACUGGAACACCAGCCGCUGGUGGACAGGGCAAGGGAAAGAAGAAGAAGUAAACCUCAUCCUUCCUAACUAAUAAUCACGCUGGACAUUUUUACCUCAACUUUUCUAAGCAGGCAUUCGAUGGCAAAUCCUUAGUCACGGACUGACACAGUUCAAUUCAUCUCCUUUAAGUUUUGCGCGUGCAUUUAACAAACUUUUGUAUUUAUUUGAAGUAUGGCUAAAUAUUCAGUUAGUAAUUUAUUGAGUUUGUGAAAAAAAAAUAAAAAAACCUUGACUUUCAA